AUGGCUGAACAGGGCUCUGCUGACCCUGCCGCCUUGGAGUUCCGUUGCCUCUGCGGGAGUUCCUUCCCGACGGCCCAACUGCUGUACGACCAUGCCUACGAAAACGGGCAUCUCUUUCUUUGCUGUUGCGGAGAACUGCUUGGCCACAGGAAUUAUUUCAGGGCACAUCGACGAUCGGAUCCUGGUGGCCGGCACGUCUUGACGAAGCUCCAACUUUCUCCAAACUGGAAAGACGACUUGUGUCCGGUCACGCACAUUGUGCGACGAAACGCAAAGGGCAAACGAGUCCAAGCACUUCGCAAAUGCAGACUGUGCCCGAAAAAGAAGUUCUACGAUACAAGUACGCUGCUCACCCAUGUCGCGAAUAAGCACCCGGCACACGAGAUGAAGCUCGACAUCGGUGGCAAUGCGUAUCCUCUUCCCGCCGGAUGCGUCGGUAGAACCGACACAUCACCCAUAGUACCGCCGUCUCCUGAGGUCGGAUUCCCGAGAUGCCCUUACAGUCCAAACAGGAGGUUUUUGACCCAGGACGGUCUGCAGCAGCACUUAAGCCUCCACCACUGCGACAUCAAAUCAACCAGCGAUCCUUCAGAAGCUUCCUCGGACCCAUUGGAGCACCUCAACUGUCCCACAGGCGCAUCGGAGUGUGAUGAUCCUUUCGAAGAUGGGGAGUUGUGUUCGGCACUUGCUCAGAUUACCCUGGCGAUGAAAGACUCCAGCAGCGAUGAGCAUAUGACGACAUGUGCAUCUCCUAGCUCGAGCGAAGAGCACGAAGAGCACAGUCUCAACCAUUAUGACCCGAUCAAGGAGUACGACUGCGCUGAAUGCUGCAACAAGUUCCCCAGUGCCCAUGCCUGCGCCAUACACCACCAACUUCACAACGUGACGGGCUACACAUGUGUCGCCUGCGAGAACUUCUUCAGCUCAGAAGAAGACUUUGCGGACCUUUGCAACCGAGAACUGAGUGCAACAAUGUUUUCGGGUCUCAGCAAGCCUUCGUCAAGCACUGCGAGUCACACGAUCCAGUACGCUACGCGUGUCAGCAUUGCCCUUCUUCUUGCGACUCUCAUGAAGAAUGGACCGGACACUGCGCGCUGA